AUGGCAAGCACUACUACUCAAGAGUUUAAUUUAGAAAUGACAAACGUGCCUAGGGAAUAUGUCAAGGACAUGUUACGAGGAUUACUGCAUUCCAUCUUUUUUCAUAGAUUGCUUGUUAAUGUCGCGCCUAGGGAACUUCGAGUACUUAACACUACUGUGUCUAUUACAGACAGUCAAGAAAUAGAGACAUUAAUUGAACAAAAGAUUGCAGAAUUCUUACAAAACACAAAUUCAUCCCAGAUUAAACAGGGAAAACUUGCUGUCUUGUUUUAUGAAAAGAGACUAAAAAAGAAUUGGUUUCACUUCACAAAGGAUAAACCCAAAGCGACACGAUGGAUGGAGAAUCAGCUAUCACAAUGUCUAUUGACUAUUCUCAAAAUUGUCAAUGAACACAAGGAACACAUUCCCUCAAUUACGACAACAGAAGGAAAUCCAUUUCCUUAUCAAAUUGCCAUACAAUCACAAACAGAGUCAUGGGGAACUAUGAUCAAACGAAUGCUCGUGACUGAUCCACCUAAUAAUUCUGGUCCUUUGUAA